AUGGUGAAGGCCAGCCCAAAGCAGAUGAGGCAGUGCCAGCAGCAGACCUUGGAGGGAGCUGCAAAAGCUGGUAGGGGCAGCAGCAGCUUUCAGAACCCUCAGCCCAGAAAUGUAUCAAGGAAAUGUCCUAUUUGUGUGCCCCAUGCAGGUGUCUGCUAUGCUGAAUUUGGAGUUCGAGUCCCCAAGACCACUGGGUCAGCCUAUACCUACAGCUAUGUUACAGUGGGCGAGUUUGUGGCAUUUUUUAUUGGCUGGAAUCUGAUCCUGGAGUACCUGAUUGGCACCGCAGCAGGGGCCAGUGCCCUGAGCAGUAUGUUUGACUCCCUGGCAAACCAUACCAUCAGUCGCUGGAUGAUUGACAGCGUGGGGACUUUAAAUGGCCUGGGGAAAGGAGAAGAGUCAUAUCCAGACCUGCUAGCCCUUGUCAUUGCUGUCAUUGUGACCGUCAUUGUUGCCCUGGGGGUGAAAAAUUCCGUGGGCUUCAACAAUGUCCUCAAUGUGCUUAACCUGGCCGUAUGGGUGUUUAUCAUGAUUGCUGGGCUUUUCUUCAUCAAUGGAAGCUACUGGGCUGAAGGACAGUUCCUGCCUCAUGGAUGGUCAGGGGUUCUCCAAGGAGCAGCAACUUGUUUCUAUGCCUUCAUUGGCUUUGACAUCAUCGCCACGACGGGGGAAGAAGCGAAGAAUCCCAAUACAUCCAUCCCUUAUGCCAUCACCGCCUCCCUGGUCAUCUGCCUGACGGCAUAUGUGUCUGUGAGCGUGAUCUUGACCCUGAUGGUGCCCUAUUAUGACAUCGACACAGAGUCCCCUCUCAUGGAAAUGUUUGUGGCCCAUGGAUUCUAUGCUGCCAAAUUCAUCGUGGCCAUUGGCUCCGUCGCAGGCCUGACGGUCAGCUUGCUGGGGUCUCUCUUCCCAAUGCCCAGGGUCAUUUACGCCAUGGCUGGUGAUGGACUUCUCUUCAGAUUCCUUGCCCACGUCAGCUCCUACACAGAGACACCAGUGGUGGCUUGCAUCGUGUCGGGUUUCCUGGCAGCUCUUCUCUCCCUCUUGGUCAGCCUGAGGGACCUGAUCGAGAUGAUGUCGAUUGGCACUCUGCUUGCCUACACCUUGGUCUCAGUCUGUGUCCUGCUCCUCCGAUACCAGCCCGAGAGCGACAUUGAUGGCUUCGUGAAGUUCCUGUCCCAAGAGCACACCAAGAACAAGGAAGGUGUUCUGGCUGAAUGUGAGAAAGAAGUUUGCUCUCCUGUGAGUGAGGGGGAAGAGUUUACAGGCCCAGCAACCAAUACUUGUGGGGCCAAGAAUUUACCCUCCUUGGGCGACAACGAGAUGCUCAUAGGAAAAUCAGACAAGUCUGCCUACAACGUCAACCACCCCAACUAUGGCACCGUGGACAUGACAUCAGGCAUAGAGGCCGACGAGUCGGAAAACAUUUACCUGAUCAAGCUGAAAAAGCUGAUUGGACCUCGCUACUACACCAUGAGGAUCCGCCUUGGCCUUCCGGGCAAAAUGGACCGGCCCACAGCUGCCACUGGCCACACGGUGACCGUCUGUGUGCUCCUGCUCUUUAUCCUCAUGUUCAUCUUCUGUUCCUUCAUCAUCUUCGGCUCAGAUUACAUAUCAGAGCAGAGCUGGUGGGCCAUCCUCUUGGUUGUCCUCAUGGUCCUACUCAUUGCCGCCCUGGUGUUUGUGAUCCUACAGCAGCCAGAGAACCCUAAGAAGCUGCCCUAUAUGGCCCCCUGCCUGCCCUUCGUUCCUGCCUUCGCCAUGUUGGUGAAUAUCUAUCUCAUGCUGAAACUCUCCACCAUCACCUGGAUUCGGUUUGCUGUCUGGUGCUUUGUGGGCAUGCUUAUUUACUUCGGAUAUGGCAUAUGGAACAGCACACUGGAAAUCAGUGCCAGGGAAGAGGCCCUGCACCAGAGCACCUACCAGCGCUACGACGUAGAUGACCCCUUCUCUGUGGAAGACGGUUUCUCCUAUGGCCCAGAGGGUGAGGGCCAGCAGGACUGGGGAGGCGCAGCAGCCGAAGACAAAGGCUUCUAUUACCAGCAGAUGUCAGAGGCAAAGGAAAACAGCCGGACAAGUAGCAAAGCGAAAAGCAAAGGCAAACACAAACAGAACUCAGAGGCCCUGAUUGCAAAUGAUGAGUUAGAUUAUUCACCAGAGUAGGAGCAAAUAAAUAAAGGAUGGAGGAGAUGCUGAUUAUGGGCAAGCUAACCUGGGCGUUAGGAGGUGAAGGCUUUCUCGGCUCUCAUUUUGCAAUCAUCCCAUAAGUCAGUCCCCCAAAUCAUAGCCUCUACCUUGCUAUUUCCCUCCUCAAGAGAAUUCUGUAAAAAGUUAAACCUGAACCCUAUGAUUAACCCUCUUUUUUCCACCUUCUCCCCACCCCCACUAGUGCAAAACCAAACCCAACAAGGCUGACAGAGUGUCUCUCUUAAUUCCAACUGCUGGAAGUGAUCUAAAUGAGAGGUUCUGAGCCCUUUGCUUUAGCAGUUGGCUCCAAGGUUCUUUAUGGGCCUGCUGAGUCACCAAGAAGCAUAGGACAAGCUCCCUGGGCAGCCCAGUGCUUCCAUCCCAAUGAGAGAGGUGCCAAAGCUGGUGGGUGAAAGACAAGUCACCAGAUUCAGCCCAUCCUCUGAGUCAGGGGGUGGGGAGGCAUAAGGCAUGUCCUCAGUCCUUUCAGCUAAGAGUUCCUCCCCUCAGUUGAACCUGUACAAGCAAGUUAGCUGGCAGUUUCUUAACAAGGAAUGUUAUGUACUAAAAUCUCACCAAAUUGAAUUCUUGGACUGGACAGGUGCCUCUGUGUUUACUAAGGGACUUCACCCACAUGCACCAGUGGACCAAUCAAAGAUCAGUGGAUCUGAGACACCUCCCCCAAUGAUGACUCAAUGGCAUGGCCUAAGGUACCAUAAAGUUUUCAUUUAAAAACAUAAUAGGAUUCUGGGGGGAAAAAAAAGGAAGUCUGAAGAGUCUGGGCAGAAAUGAUGAUAGCAAAACUUCCUUUGCAGUCUGCAGUCCCCACACUCAUGAAAUCUACAAUCCGUGGAAGCGUUGGCUUUCAGAACAAGCUCAAGAUCUCUGGCCAAUACAAAGGCUCACAAGGGAAGGCAAAAAAGGGUUAGAAUCUCAUGGGACUCAGUGGGAAAUUAGGCCAAGUUUGUUUUAUCACUGGAUAAAGAUAUUAGCAGGUAGAGAUCUCCUCAAUCAUUAAGGUCUCCCAGCAAAUUCUUUUCUGUUUUUAAAAUAACAAAUUAUAUAGUAUUUGGAUAUACAUCUAACCAUUUGACUAGUGGGUGCUACUCUGAAAAAUGUUCACAUAUGACUAGUCGGGUAAUAGCAUUCCACAAGCCUCCACCCCACUUCAGAACCAGCUGAUCUAGGUAAUCUUCCAGCACUUUUCCCCAAGCAAUAGCCUCAUCGAAGCCCCAAGGGAAGGAAAAGCUCUCUCCAGGGCAGGCACUAGAUCUGGGCUUUGAUAGGUAUUUUUAAAAAAAAAACACCCUUACCCCCACCCCAAACAAAGUAGUGGAGGAACACACAACUGAUUGGAAAUUCUUCUUUAGUUAUUGACUGCCUCUCCCCCAGGCUUCACCAUUCCUGGCAUGUAAACUCAAACAAAACUGUUUCUCAUAUCGCUUUCAGCUAAAAUCUUUGCAAGAAUGAUUCUGAAAAAAAAAAAGGAAAAAAAAGGCUUUUCUCCAUCUGUCGUAGACCUGCUGCUUUCUUUACUCCAUCACGCAACAAUAUGUCCUGGUUCUUCUUCCCUUUCUAAACACCUGAGCUUUGUGUUCUCAAUCUCCUUGUUUGCUUUUGGAGGAUGGUGAGCAGACAGCUGCUCUGUACAGGGACAGGCAGAGGAGGCCCAACAUCAUUUCCCAUAGAAAGGAUAGAGAAUCCCACUUCAGUUGACCAAUCACUAGAGCCAAAAUUGACACUUAACAGUUAGAGCCAUGCCAUCAAAAAUUACAUUCCAGAUCAUUUCCUAAGAAGGCACCGUAGCUGAGCCUCUCACUGCUCCUGAAAAACAACAACUUUUAGAUUCAUUGUUUUGACAUUUUGGUUGCCCAUUGACUGACUUCCCUGGGAUUUUGACCUCCAAUCAUCAAUGUGUUUCUCAUCUUAACUACCCUAUGGGAGACCGUUCUUGGUCUGAAGGGAAGAGGAAUUUGAAGAGCAGAUGGGUAAUUAAAUUCAUGCUUUUGUGUUCCUUUUACACACCGAAGGAGAUAGCCCUAGGUAUCCUUUGGGGGAAGAAAAAAGGUGAUGAAUUAUUUAUUAUAAGAUUCCUCAAGCUUACCAUUUUUUAAUAUAUCCAAUUACAUUUUAGAUUGCUCUCUGAGCUGGUAGAAAGAAAGCAAGUAUGAAUUAGUAUCCCAGCAAGGGGGGAAAUAGGGGAAAUCACAAAAUAUCUUAAAAUUUCAAAAAAGGAAUAUUAAAAUUAAAAAUAGCAAAAAUAGAGAUUGACAGAAAUCUAUUUGGAGGGACUAGUUGAUCUUUUGACUCUAGCAGUGUUCAAAAGUUCAAUUCAAUUCAAUGAGCAUUUAUUAAUCACCUGCUGUGUGCAAGGAAGUGUGUUUGGUACUACGGUUAUAACACCAAAAUAAAAACACAGCCUCUUUCCUCAAGGAGCUUAAAUUCUAAUGGAGAAUCAUUGAUGUCAAAACUUACAGAUCAUACAUAUAGUCUAACCCCCUCAUUUUACAGAUGCCAAUAUUGAGGCCCAGAGGCAUUCUCAAUGAAAAGAUAAUAGAUUCAGAGCUAGCUAGAUGGGACCUCAAAACAUCUAGUCUAAUCCCUACAUUUUAUAGAUGAGGAAAGUGGAGCUUGGCAAGACUGUGAUUUGUCCCAAAGUCACAGAAGUAGUAAGCAUUAAAUGCAGAAUUUGAAUGUAGGUCCUCCAACUCCCUAGUCAAUGAUUAUUCCACUUGUAUUGCUCUCUUCCUCCCUUUUUGGAAUAUAAAUAAAGAAAUGCAAGGUAAUUUGAGAAAAGAGAGAAAAAUAACAGUACAAGAUGACAAUAAUUAUGUGACCCUGGGCAAGUCAUUUAACCCCAAUUACCUAGCCCUUACCACUCUUCUGUCUUGGAGUCAAUACUUAGAAUUGAUUCUGAGAUGGAAGGUGAGAGUUUAAAAAUUUCAAAGAAAAAGAAAAGAUAACAGGAAAGACUUCCUGUGGAAAAUCAGCCUUGAAGGAAGAUCAAGGUUCUAAGGGGGGAAGGUGAGGAGUGAGUGAAUUCUGAAUAUGCUGAGAAGUCUGAAUCAAAUCACAGCGAUGGGAAAUGGCAGAAAGCUAGGAGAACAAUGAGUAGGCCAGUUCAUCUGGAAUAGCAAGAGAGUAAAUGGUAGUAAAGAGCAAUCAAAGGGCAACAAAAGAAAGAUGUCUUGUGUGUUAUAGUUGGUGAAGUUCAUUUCUUUUGUGUAGAUCACAAACUCCUGUGACACAGAGAGCUAUUGCAAACAGAGAGGGAACUCUAGCAACAGUAAAAAGUACUUUUUCUCUCUAGUAAUGGAUCAGAAGGAGAAUGUGGAUAAUUGGAAGGCAUUGAUAGUCCUCACUUCUUCCAUUAAAUAGUUUACUGAAUUCAAUUCAGAGCAGCCCAAAAAAAUAUUUAUUAAGGGCAUACUAUGUUCCAGGCACUAGUUACAAAGAUAAAAAUCUUAGUUCCUGGCCUCAGAGAGCUUAUACUCUAUUCAAAUUGCUAGGAAACAAAGUUUCUUGAUUUGUGGUCCUAUAUUAAUCCUGUGAAUGACUGGCUUGGAUUCUACUUCCUGAGUUGUUUCCUUGACAAGGAUUUUUAGUUUGUUUUAUCAGGCUAUCCAAUUAACUGUGUUUAAAAUAGAAUUAAACAAUUGAAAGGAGUUCUAAGACCUCCUCGUUUGAGUUCCAUUUCUAAACGUUGUUCUGACUCUAUCAGCUUCCAUUCACAAAAAUAAGCCUCUUGGGACCAAAACCACAAGAUUCAUGGGAUGCAAGUUUGAAAUUAACUGUUUCAUCAGAAGCACUGAGAAGUCCUUGAACAAAUCUAUACUUUUUUACAGCUUCUAUUUAGGUAAUCACGAAAAAGAAAAAAAACAGCAAAAUUUAAAAUUCUUAUACCUGUUAUCCAAAUUGUACUAGAAAAGGAUGCCAAGACCUGACAGGUCUGGGCUUUUGUUUUUGUUAAUGGGAGAUGGAGCUAUCCUUUGUUGUAUUCCACUGACCUACUUUAAAAAUACAUAUAUGUGUAUGUAAAAAAUUAUAUUUUCAUGUUCUAUUAUAUUUUCAUGUUCUAUUUUUAGUUUCACCACAAAUUAAGGAUGUCUAAUAGCUUGGACUAUUACAUUUUUACAUUCCAGCAGAAUAUAAACUCCUUAAAGACACAGACUAUCUCCCUCUACAUUUGUAUUCCCAUUGCCUAACAGUAAGCACUCACUAAAAGGUCAUUGACUGACCAAGUAACUACUUAGACAUCCCAACAGAAAUCAUAAACAAAGGUAUAGGCUUAUAACAUUUACAUUGUUCUUUUAACCUACAUCAUCAGACUUGAUAAUGUUAUUUGGUCUAUAUGACAAGAUAAUAACAAUAACUUAAUUCAGAUUAAGAUUGUUCUAAAUUCUUGAGAAUAUAAGGGAUAAGGAUAUGUACUGAACCUGUGGUUUCAUUGUUAUUAGAAACUAAUGAAUAGAGGGCAGCUGGGUGGCUCAGUGGAUUGAGAGCCAGGCCUAGAGAUGGGAGGUCCUAGGUUCAAAUCUGACCUCAGACAUUUCCCAGCUGUGUGACCCUGGGCAAGUCACUUGACCCCCAUUGCCUAGCCCUUACCACUUUUCUGCCUUGGAACCAAUACAUAGUAUUGACUCCAAGAUGGAAGGUAAGGGUUUUAAAAAAAGAAAAGAAAAAAGAAACUAAUGAAUAAGGGACUUUUCUCUACCAAAGGAGAAUGGCAUUUUUUCUAAAAGUAUAGUCUUAGAAAGCUGCUUAGAGAACUAAGCCUUCAGGAUCACAUAAGCCAGUAGGUGUCAGAAGCAGGAUUUUAACUCCCAUCUACCUGACUCUCGUGGCCAGCUCUCUAUCUACUAUGCUCUACUUUCUCUCAUUAUUUUAGAUUUGACUUUUGUUUAAUUAAUAAAAAUUAUAGAAUAUUCCUUCCAGAAUCCAUUUUAAUGACAUUCAAGUUCCCUUGCCAAAGUCACAACUAACCAAGUGCUUACUUACAAACCCUGCUGAAGCUGCUUUAUUGAUCAGAUAAGACUUAUCUGUAAACAAUAUCCAUGGGCUUACAAAGUUUCAAGGUGCUAAGAUUGUUUCUAUUAACUUUAGUACAUUGUUUCUUCGCAAGCCAAAUGGAAACUCCUACAAACAUUUUUCUCGUGUUCUCUCAGAAAUGUUUGAUAUAAAUGAAAUCAUUUAGAAUACAUUGGAAUACAAUCUAUGAGUAAGUCCUUGGCCUGUCCUACUUUCCAAGGCUGCAAGAUAGGGGACUUGCCCCUCAUCCACAGUCUGAAAGGAAGCCACAAGCUUGUGCUGGGAUGAGAAUAAACCAUAGAUGGGCAAGAUAGUCAUGUGGAAUCCCCAAAGCACAGAGGGAGAAGAGAUGUCAAAACUAAGUCAAAUACUCCAGAUCAGAAUCAGUUCCCUUGAGAGAGGCCAGAGACCAGGAAAUGUGCCUGAACCCCAUGACUGUAGCAUAGUAAUAGUGAUUGAACUGGGCAGCUAAUGAACCCUUCUGAGACUCAAAGCAUUCCAAUCACAGGCUGAUUUGAAUGAUGUGACCUUCACAUUCUAUAGUAUCUGGACAGAACUCUUGAUCAAGAAAGAAUAACUCCAUGUUUUGUGAUCAGAUCUUUCUUUCCCCCCUUUAAAGCACCCCCUUUUGCUCCAGGUGGAAUAUUAGCAGACAUAAUGUUUACACCAGCCUAAAUGAUGUUGAAUCUCACCUCUGAUGCUCUUCCUCACUCCCAAAUUGACCCUCUCUCCAUUAUACCAUGGGGUCUUCCUUCUUUCUUAAAAAGAAAAGGUAUCCUUACUUUUUUUUUAAUCUGCCUGAGUAACCCAGAGACAGAAACUAUAUCAUUGUUCAUUUUCUCUCUGAUUCUUUUUUUAUUCCUCUGUGAAAAAUAAGCCUCCUUUCUCUUCUCUCCAGUUCCAGAAGAUAAAAGGUACUAUCUUUAUUCCUAUCUUAGUUUAAGGAAGGUGAUGAUAUUGGCAUAUGCUCGGAAAUUGACACCUGCUGUGCUGUCAAUUAAAUAGUGGAAGAAUCCAUAAGCAGACUUCUAUGAUGCAUGGAGGAAAGAUGACUUGUAAGACUCUCCCUUUAAGGAAAUCAUCUAUGAAUUCCAUUGCAGAGAACUGAGUCUUUUUUGAGCUGGCAGCUCCCAUUCAUAAUCAUUUGGGUCCCUCUAAUUUGGGAAUUUUGAAGCAUUUUUUGUGUCACAGACCCUUUGGCAGUCUGGUGAAGCCUGUGGACACUUUCUAAGAAUCAUGUUUAAUUGCCUAGAUUCACAAUUGGAAGAAAUACUGAAUUAGAGAUUGGUGAAAAUAAAAAAUACAUUUUUUCCUUCCAAAUUCACAGACCUCCACUGAAAUCUAUCCACAGACCCCUUAAGGAUGCAUGAGUUCCUGAUCUUAGAAGAGGCCAAGGAAAGAGACACAGCAUUACUUAGAACUAGGAAACAAACACAGCUGAAGGAUCACUCAUAUGCAUUAGGUAACCCCUCUAACCUUUUCCCCAUCAGUUGUCUUCACAGGCACCAUUUUCGUGAGCAAGGAUAUUAACAGUGAAUCUGAGUGUCACUGGAUUUUUCCAGGAAGUAUAACCUCUGGGUUAUCCUUUCCAUUUUCAUGUGAAGGUAAGGCAAUAGUGCCAGGUAAGGCAUGAGUCCCCUUAUGUUGGGUCCUGGGAGUUGACUGUGCUCAUGUCUCCCCUGACAAAUAGCAAGGCAAGGCUAAACUGGGGAGAAAUCCCAAGCUCCCAUCUUCCAAAGCAAACAUACUCUUUGGUUGCUGAAUCAUAAAUACCUCAACUAUUUUUGCUUAUGUAAGCAACUCCCUAAGGUUUGCAGAGGACAUCCCUGGUCCUUAUUCUACUUGGUCUGAUGAUGAAAUUCAACUUCUAGCUUUCUCACUGUGGAAAUAUAAGAGAAAAUCACUGUUUGAUUCGUAUCUGAUGUUAUAAAUACAGCUUGUAAAUUCUAUUGACUUUCUGUUUUUGUUUGGUCCUUGAGAAGUACAACUUGCUUUCUGCAGAUGGUAUUUUCUGGUGUCCAUUCUCUGAUGUUUUGGUUAUGAAAUUGCUGUAUUCGUUUUUAAAAGUGUUCUUUUUUGUGGUUUUCAAUCCCCAUUGGUGCACCAUACAAUGGGGUCUUGUUGUGUGUUAUAAAGAAAGAAAAAAAUAUGCAGAUAUAUAUUAUGGAGUGGAUUUUAUGUUCCAAUGACUGUAGUGUUAAUAUUAUAUUGACUUAUUGAGAAUGUGGGGAAAUUCUAAACUUAACAAAAUGUGUCUAUUUUAAUAAAUACAUAAAGCUUUAUUGUGUGCCUUUACAUUAAAAAUGGGUUUAUAAA